AUGGGCACGAUUUUACAAGAUGAUGCCAAGUUGGAAUCAGACACAAUUGCAGAUGUCAUUAGUCCGUUAGUCGAAGCGGACCCGUCGAUAAAGAUAAAGUCUAUUAUUGCAGAAGUUCAGUCCAGGUUCAACUACACUGUAAGUUACCGCAAGGCUUGGUUGGCAAAGCAGAAAUCUGUUGCAAAAAUUAUCGGUGAUUGGAAAGUUUCUUAUCAGACUCUGCCAAUAAUGUUGAAAACAAUGACUGCGAAGAUGUCAAGGUCUCGUGUUCAAAUAAAAAGGCUCCACGUUUACUGUGAGAAUGAGGAGGUUCAAGGUGUAAGAGUUCUCCAUCGUGAUUUUUGGAGCUUCUAUCCAUGUAUUGUAGCAUUCGGGCACUGCAAGCCACUAGUGCAAGUUGAUGGCACACACCUGUACGGAAAGUAUAGAGGUGCACUUCUGGUUGCGAUUGCACAAGAUGUGAACAAAAACAUUGUACCUAUUGCAUUUGCGAUUGUCGAGGGUGAAAUAGCAGACGCGUGGGAGUUUUUCCUAACCAAUUUGCGGAGAUAUGUUGUUAUCAUUGAUGGCGUGGGCAUUAUUUCUGACCGCCAUAACUCCAUCGACGCAGCAAUAACUCACAGCUAUUCUAGGACGGAACAGGAGUACAACAAAAACUACCAACGACUUAAAGAGCAGGGUGAGGCAUAUACUCAAUCGUGCGAUGAGAUCGGUGUUCAGAGAUGGGUGUUGGCAUUCGACGGGGGUCAUCAUUGGGGACAUAUGACCAUAAACUUGGCCGAGGCUCAUGAGCAUAUCCGCAACGGAUUUGCAUAUUCAGAAUUUGCUACCAAAAGAGUUGAUGAAAGCUUUCGACGUGCAGGAAAUAUUGUCGUUAAUCGGUUCGACAGGCGCAACGAGAUGUUUGAGGUUCGAGAAAUUCAAGAUGGUUCUAUUUACACUGUCAACCUUGCGCAACGACACUGCGACUGUGGCCAUUUCCAGGUCGAGCGACUCCCAUGUCGCCACGUUCUUGCAUGUUGCGCGAACCAACGUCUUGAUUGGCAAGUAUAUGUGCAUGACGUGUACAAGAUGUUUGAAAUUUGCAAGGUGUACAGAGACGAGUUUGUUUCGAUGGGUGACCCAUCUACGUGGGUUAGAUAUGAAGGAGCGAAGGUGAUCCCAAAUUGA